UUACAGCAAGAGAGACAAUUGAUGCACUCAAUAGAUCCUGAAGUAAGAAUAAUGGCAAAUGCUGUCAAUACGAAUGCAUUUGGAACUUAUCAGAACAAUGGAAGUAGUUCAAUUAGAGGAAGAAGUAGGGGCCGUGGGGGCAGAGGUAAAGGGCAUGGCCGAGGAACACCAAAAUUGUGCUCUCACUGUGGCAAGAAUGGUCACCUAGUAGACACCUGUUAUUACAAGCAUGGAUUCCCACCACACAUGCAAAGGAAUCAAUUCAAAGGGAAUACUGAUGGCCCAAGUGCCAUGAAUUCAGUAAAUUCCAUAACUGCUGCGUGUAAUGAAGAGAGCAGCAUUGAACCUUUAAUCCAGAAGGAUGAAAGAGUCAGUCUUGAUGGGUUGUUUUCAGAUAAGCAAAAGGAAGCCCUAUUUGCCUUGUUCCAACAACAAUGUAGUGACCCCCCAAAUAAUGGGAAUUUGGCAUCUGUACAUGCACCAUCCGCAGGAGCGACUUACCUUGAAGACGAUUGGAGCUGCUGAUCAAAAGGGGGGAUUGUAUACAAUGCGGAUCAAACCUGUUUUGGCAGCAGCACCGGAACUGAUGCAUACAAUAAAGGGUGAUGUAGCUAAAUCUGUGACUCCUAUACACACACACAAUAUCAUUCAUACAUUAGAUGAUGCAACACUUUGGCAUCAUCGUUUAGGACAUAUCUCAUGUAAUAAGAUACAACAAAUGAAAGUUGCAUAUCCAUUCAUUACAUAUCAUAAUAGUGAUGUACCAUGUUCUCCAUGCCACUAUGCAAAGCAAAAACGCUUGCCAUUUAAUGAAAGUCACACCAAAUCUGAAAAUGUUUUUGAUCUAGUGCACAUGGACAUUUGGGGACCUAUAGCUAUACCAUCUAUUUCAGGCCACAAAUAUUUCCUCACAGUGGUUGAAGACAAAAGUAAAUUUACUUGGCUAUUUUUUUUGAAAAACAAAUCU